AUGCCGGGCCACCCCUCAGGCGGGCGGCGACCGUUACGCCGCGGCGCGAAACCGCGCGCAGGCUCAGUGGCGGACCGGAAGUGCAGGCGGGGGCGGAGGCAGGCGGAAGCCGCGCGCCCCCGCCGUUGCGCCGCCAGCCUCAGGCGGGCCCGGCCCUCGCGGGCGCCCAGUGCGAAGGGCCCGGUCCCGGCCGGCAGCGCCGUCAUGGAGGAGAAGAGCUUCGCCAAGGAGCUGGACCAGUGGAUCGAGCAGCUGAACGAGUGCCGGCAGCUGAGCGAGAGCCAGGUCCGCAGCCUCUGCGAGAAGGCUAAAGAAAUUCUUACAAAAGAGUCAAAUGUGCAAGAGGUACGUUGUCCUGUCACCGUCUGUGGGGAUGUCCAUGGCCAAUUCCACGAUCUUAUGGAACUCUUUAGAAUCGGUGGGAAGUCUCCAGACACAAAUUACCUGUUCAUGGGAGACUACGUGGACAGAGGCUACUACUCAGUGGAAACGGUGACUCUACUAGUAGCGUUAAAGGUGCGUUACCCAGAACGCAUUACAAUACUGAGAGGAAAUCAUGAAAGCAGACAAAUUACACAAGUGUAUGGCUUUUAUGAUGAAUGUCUGCGGAAAUACGGCAAUGCCAAUGUCUGGAAGUAUUUCACAGAUCUGUUUGAUUAUCUUCCGCUUACAGCUCUAGUAGAUGGCCAGAUAUUCUGUCUCCACGGUGGCCUCUCUCCAUCCAUAGAUACACUGGAUCAUAUCAGGGCUCUGGACCGCCUGCAGGAAGUUCCACAUGAGGGUCCAAUGUGUGAUCUGUUGUGGUCGGAUCCAGAUGAUCGUGGCGGCUGGGGUAUAUCUCCACGUGGUGCUGGCUACACAUUUGGGCAAGACAUUUCUGAAACAUUUAACCAUGCCAAUGGUCUUACACUGGUUUCCCGUGCUCACCAACUUGUCAUGGAGGGUUAUAACUGGUGCCAUGACCGAAAUGUGGUGACCAUUUUCAGUGCACCCAAUUACUGCUACCGCUGUGGGAACCAGGCCGCUAUCAUGGAACUAGAUGACACUUUAAAAUAUUCCUUCCUUCAGUUUGACCCAGCACCUCGUCGUGGAGAGCCUCAUGUCACCCGUCGUACCCCAGACUACUUCCUAUAAACCUCUCAUAACCUUUUAGAAGGAAGUACGCCUGGUGUUUUAAAGAGCAACAAUAUUUACUUGUUUCUGUCAGAAAUCGGGGUUCGUCUCUACUUAUAAUCCCCUUCAUGGACCAAAAUGUGCCAUACUGAGGACGAAGAGCGUUCAGCACAACUUGAGACUGAAUUCCUUACAACACUAUAUAUCCUAUACCAAUCAGUCCAACAGUCAGUUUGCCUGCUGUAUUGUAGUCAUUUUUUGUGUUUUUUUUUCUGGACUGUUCAGAGAGGACAAGGUAACUCAAACGCUUCCAUCUCCUUUUACGCUUAUUUGUAAAUUUUUAGUUCUAGUGGUUAACUGGCAUGAAUUAGCGUUUCGGAGUACAUUUUUAAGGGAAAUGCACACUAACUUCUUUACCCCACCACUCUUGAUUUUACUGAAAGACGAGCGCCUGAAGUGGAGCAGGCCAGGCUGGCCGAAACCCCGGGCGGCCCGGCCCAGGGCAUGCAGCCCUGCCCCCGGCAGGGGUCGGGUGGCCCUUAAGGCCCCUUGCACCCCCUGCCCUUCUGCGCUGCCAGGAGAAGGGGAGCGAUUCCUGCUUUUGGGAGUACGUUGUCAUAACACGGAAUAAAGCGUUCCCUUUUUAGCUCGAUUCCCGUCCUGUGUUGUUCCCGCCUCCGCGUACUUGUCACGGCCGCGCUUCUCCCGCUCGCUGUACCUGAACAAUAAACGCCCUUCUCAGCCCGA